AUGCCUGCCGUCUACAGCUCCUCUGCUCAAUCUGUUGUCGUUAGCAAAAGAAAACGACGAGCGGAAUCCAAGGUCCACAUUGCGGUCCGUCGUAGUGUCCCACCGCCUCGCGCUGAUGCCUACGAUCGACCGGCGCCAACCUCACCAAGCCUCAUCGUCCUCUGCACCUGGUUCGCAGCACAGGAGUCGCACAUUGCCAAAUACACCAAUCCGUACAUAGCCCUGUACCCAUCGACACCGAUCCUCAUCAUCCGCUGUCCGGCGUCUCACCUCUACACGCCCGGUGCCGUGACCCGGGAUCUGACGCCGGCAUCGGCCUACUUGGAAUCUCACACGGAGCAGUGUCCCAACAGGAAGAUAAUAUGCCAGAUCUUCUCCAAUGGAGGCACGGGCGUGUUCGCCUACUUGCACAAGAUGCUCCGGGUCCGAUUGCCGCCUAGAGUCCUCGUCCUCGAUUCGUGUCCUGGCUACUUCCACUGGAUGAGAACACACAAGGCCGUCAUGGCAUCGACGCCAGGGUUUUUCUCGCCUGUCGUCCAUUUUGCCAUAGGGGUGGAGGUUCUACUUCAUCGCCCGUGGGGUUACGAAGCCCCUCAGAACGCGGCCACCAUGCUCAUGAAUUCACCAGAGCUCACAGAUGGUGAGCUGCGGAGGCUAUACCUGUACGGCACGGGCGAUGAGAUGGUGUCAUUUGAGGAUGUCGAGCGUCAUGCGCUCGAGGCCGAGGUAGACAGGGACCUUGUGGUCAGGAAAGAGUGCUUUGACGGAGGCAAACACGUUGCGCACGCAAGAGAGGAUGCGGACAGGUACUGGCGCUGCAUCAGGGAAGUCUGGGAACAUGCCCUGAGUGAGGACAGAGUGUCUGGCGCGGUGGCAGGGGCUGAGGUAGUAGACAAUUGUCGGGUCGGAGACCUGGUGGCACCAUAG